AUGACUUCAGGCCUCAAGAGACAGGAAGUCCUCCCCUGUGGGCCUGAAGGAGUCAGCUCACAGCCUCUCGAGAGAGAAGAUUUCUGUUUAACGAAAAUGGUGGCUUCGACAGUAAGCCCUCUCUCUCUGUUGAGAAGAUCUACCCAUCCGCCUGGACGUCCUGCUCUCUGUGUGUCUGUUGAUGUUGGUAGACAUCUUAAAUAUGUUUUUGCGGUGCAAGAUGAGACGACAAUUCUCCUUUUAUGCAUCCUCUUCUACAUUCCUGGGAGUAGAAGGCAGACGAGAGAGUAUCUGCCAGAGGGUCGCCUGAUUGUUCCCGCCAUUGGACCAGAGUCGGUUAGUGUGGGAGUUUCCCAUGGCAGCAAAUCAGUCGGCAGGCUGGGAUUGCGUACAUUCUGCACCCGAGAUGAAGGGAAAACGGCAUUGUUGGCAACCUCGCUAGUCGUCGCAACAGAAGAGGCUGCUUUGCCUCGAUACUCUGACAUAUUUGCUGUCGCUACACCACGCGACACAUGC